AUGGGUGCUAGCACCGGUGGACCACGGCACCAAGUACAGAACCGCCGACAUCAGCGGUCGAUAACGGUACGUUUUCGGUUUGGUUUAUUUUUCUUCUUCCAUUUUUAGGUCGAAAACAAUAUAAAAUUGACGAUUAUAUAUUGGAAAGCGCAAUAUUCUGGUGUGAAAAGUUACAUAGCACUUUGCUCAUGCUAUUUACUUUCAGAGAAUCCGUCGGCCACACAAUUACGGGCACAGAAGCCAAUCAGGCGUCUCAUGUUGUGUUAAAUAUCUGGUCUUCUCGUUUAAUGUGAUUUUUUGGAUUGUCGGGUUCCUCAUGAUCGCUGCUGGAGUUUGGGCACAAGUUGAGAAGAACAACCCUUACACUCAGCUGAAUCGUCUGUCCAAAUUUUACUUGGAUCCAGCUCUCAUGUUGAUUAUAAUUGGGACACUCACUUUUGCUAUUGGCUUCUCAGGUAAAUCAUAUUUUUUUAAAUGUUUUUUGGUUUUUAGGAAGGUAAUGAUGGCAAUAACGAGCUAAAGGAGGAAAUUAGCUUUGUUUUGAAGUUAAAUUCAACCCAAAUUUGCUUAAAAUUCACCUUGAAAUAUCAAUUUUCCUAAAUCCUUCUACAUCUCUUAUGUACAAUAUAAUUUUUGCUCUUUUUAGGUUGUAUUGGAGCUCUCCGUGAGAACACCUUCUGUCUGACGGUAUAUUCUACACUAUUGGGCCUCCUAUUAUUAGCGGAGGUUGGAAUUGCGGUCACUGGGUUCGUCAGUAAGGAUUGGAUUGAGACCGAACUCAAGACUCGACUAGAUGAUAUGGUGAUCCUCUACCGUGACGAUCCGGACCUUCAAACUCUCAUUGAUUGGAUGCAAACCGACUGGAAGUGCUGUGGAAUUACCAAACCGGACGAUUGGGAUAUGAAUAUUUAUUUCAAUUCAUCAGCCAAAGCAUUGAAGAGCGAAGAAGCCGGAGGGGUUCCCUUCUCAUGUUGUGUGAAUAGCUUAGAGCUGCAGAACUACGCUUGUGGACAUAGGGUUCGAGUUGGAGUAAGUGGUCCGGUUUUUGUGCCAAAAUAAUAGAUGCUUUGCUAUCAGACGACCUAGUGUAAUAUAAUUUCUCGUCGUUUCAGAAGAGAAAUCUGCAUGAUAAGAUAUACACUGAUGGGUGCUUGCCGAAACUUCAGCUAUGGUUCAAUAACAACAUGCUGUAUGUUGGUGUUGCGAUAUUUAUUGUUGGUAUACUACAAGUAAGUCAAAAAAAAUUUUUUAUUUUUUCCUUUGAUGUUUAGUUCCUCGGGAUAUGCUUUGCCCAAGACCUCCGUACCGACAUCUACGAGCAGAAAAUCAAGUGGAACCGAAGUCCUCAUUAG